AUGCAGCCAGGUGAGAGUUCAUCUAAACUUGGGCGAAAUGAAAUGGAAAAAUAUCGAAGAAUGCAAAUGAAAGAUCAUGUGUCCAACCUUGUCUCUCUCAUUCCUACCCAACCCUCUAGGGAGAGACUGUCAUUUCCUGCGUUGUUGGAUCAAGCUACUAUUUACGUGAAGCAACUGAAGGAUCACCUGGAAGAACUGAGGCAAAAGAAGGAACAACUCCAAGCUGAUGGAGCUGGAAUUAAAGAUCAGAUGAUUGGGUUGGUGUCACCAGUGCUUGCCAUAAGAGAGAUGGGUUCUAUUUUGGAGGUGAAUUUGAUAACUGGCUUAAGUAAGAGCUUCACUUUGCAUCAAGUUUUCAGUGUUCUUCAGCAAGAAGGUGCUGAAGUUGUCAGUGCUAGCUCUUCAACUGUGGGUGUCAGGGUCUUCUACACAAUUUAUUCUCAGGCUUUAUCUUCGAGAAUUGGCAUAGCUACAUCAAGAAUAGGUGAAAGAUUGCACCAACUGAUAAAUAAUCCCGUUGCAUAG